GUUGCGUCCGGACGUAGCGGAGCGUAGCGCAGCGUAGUACAUCACACACGUAGACUGUUACUUUUUUGACGUAGUAAAUAACGUAGCGAUAAAAAUAUGUAAUAUUACUGUAACUGUAAUAUGGCUUUGUGAUUAUUUUUUAAAUUUUUUGUGAUAAAAUGUGAUUUUUUGCGUCUUUAAUUGGAUAUAUGAAUAAUAUGCAGCCGUCAGCCGCACUCAUCCUCCUCAUACAGUUAUCUCUUCACACCGUUGAUGAAGGAUCCGCAAUAAAUCCAAGCUGCUCGUGCAUCCGUUUCUCAUCCUUGCUGGAGAAGCCCCGCGGCACCGUCAGCAGCCCGGACUACCCUCGCCCCUACCCUCGCCCCCUCUGUCUGCUGUAUACCUUCAUCGCUCAGCCUCACCAGAUCGUCGAGCUGGUCUUCACGGACUUCAACAUCUACAGGGAGCAUCUUGAUUGUACCGGUGGAGAUUAUGUGAAGGUGUAUUCUGAAGUAGUGGCGGGUCCCGGACCUCCCGCUGUUAAUGACAACUCUAAAUACUCCCGAGUGCUGUGUGGGAACAGAAAUGACAUUCCACCAGCAAUAUAUUCACAUGGUUCAGCGCUCAUUUUGGAACUGAGUAGCGGGGAAAAAUCAUCAAACGCCACAGGAUUUAUUGGAACUUUUAAAUUCAUUGAUAGAAGUGACUUCGAAAUGGACGGAACAAGGGUGCCACAUUCGCGAUGCGAUUUUGUUUUUAGUUCCCAUUCGAGUAAACCUCGAGAAGGAAAGUUUUAUAGUCCUAAUUACCCUUCGAGUUAUCCAGAACACUCAAGGUGUUACUAUCAUUUCAAUGCAAGGAAACAUGAGAGAGUUAAAUUAGUUUUUGAAGAAUCAUUUCUACAGAAAGGCGAUGAGAGUUGUCUCAACCGAGCUGAUACUAUUAAGGUUUUUGAUGGAAAAGUUGCAAGUGCUCCUGUCAUUGCGAUUCUCUGCAAUGAAGUUGUGGGAUAUGAAAUCUUAUCAACAGGUCACGAUGUCCUCGUGGAGUUCAUUGCCAGAUCAAAAGUCGCAGGGCAAGGUUUUAAAGCUAAAUAUCAGUUCCAAGAAGAUGACGACUCUGUCGAAGGAGCUAUUACAAUAGAUGGAACAUCUAUCGGACCCGCAGUAAGAGCAGCCACCUCAUCCUGUGAUCAAAUAUUCAGAUCUCACAAAAGUAAUUCCGGGAAGCUCAUGUCACCGUUGUAUCCUUCACCAUAUCCGCCGAACACACAUUGUCAUUAUAAUUUCGUAGCUCGUGGGCGACAGAGAGUUAGACUAGUUUUCGAAGACUUCAGCUUGCAGAGAAUAACUGGUAAUAUUAUUGAUUGUGAGAGCAUGGAUUCGCUAGACGUGUUUCUCAACGUUGAUGGCAGAUUAGAGAAAAUGGGUUCAUUUUGCGGCGGCGAAGUUCCGAAGGCAAUAAUGUCGAACGGACCAAAAUUAGCAGUAGAAUUUAGAGGUGCUUACUCAUCCAGACAAAGUAGAGGAUUUAAGAUAUCAUAUUAUUUCGUUGAAGAUUACGGCAUCACAGGUGGAAAGCAAUUGAUGGAAUUUCCCUGCGCAUUUGUUUAUAACAGUAGUGUCCGGGCUAGAGGUGUGGUGGUAUCACCCAACCACCCGGGCCUCUACCCACGGGAUACGGAAUGCAAUUACUUCUUCCAUGCCAAAAAAGGUCAAAAAGUUCACUUACACUUCACACACUUUGAUGUUGAAGGAGUUCAUCCUUGUGAAUCAGUAUCGGCGAGUGACUAUGUUGAAUUUUCAAAUGAAAUAAAAAGUACAAGGACGUCGCGACAUUGCGGACAAUUAAAGGACUUAAAAAUUGUGUCUAGUAAAGACUUCUUCAGAAUAACGUUUAGAUCAAACGACAGAUUAGAUGGGACUGGAUUUAAAGCAAAUUAUAUUUUUCUAAAGGAUUCAGAAAUGAACAUAAUCAAGAUGGCAGCGAGUGCUUGUGAUUGGAGUCAAAUAUUCAGUUUGACAAUUUGGCUCUUAAUAUUGAUACGUCACUUAAUCUUCUGAGAAUUAAUAAUAAUAAUGUAUUAAGUUAAAAGAUAAAUAAAUUAUUAUUGUUGGUAAAAA